AGUGGCAAAGUGUUAUGGCCCAGAGCCAAAUGAGGCUGGGACAACUCAAAGCUGCUCGAACUCCAAGCAAAUUAAUAACACACAGAGAAAGAAGAAAACAUAGCUUAGGAUCUGGAGUCGUGCAGAGGAGUGUGAUUAGCGGGAGAGUCACAUUUUCUCUGCCAAAGUUAGGAACAGCUUGGGUUUGGAAUCAUUUGCAGGCAAAAAGGACGCAUUUACUUGUGAGGCUGGUCUCACCAAGAAAAAGAAUAUUUACCGACAAGGAGAGGACAACACCCACUCACACCACCCCAAUUAAAGAAAAACUCCAAACUUAUAAACAGGUCCGUUGAAGUAAAAGGGCUACGAGCUUCAGUAGCAGAGAGCUGUGAUGAUGUCAUAAUUUAUUUUUGAUUUGAAACAACAGAGAAAAGUUUACUGAAGACAAGAAAAAGAAAAUGGGACGGCUGGCUAAACUCCUGGUAUUGCAUCUCCUGAUUUUAAAAGUGAAAUUUGCCGCUACCUACACUAAUGUUCCUGCAAAUGCAAUGAACCCGGAUAGCGUUGUGGUGGCGUACCAAAACAUAUCUGCUCCCACUGGGUCAGAAGUGAUAUUGCAAUGCUACAGUCAACGAAUAGUUUGGACCCAGGAUCGUUUGAAUGACCGACAACGUGUGGCUCAUUGGGACUGGUUCUCAAUCAAUGGUGAAUACAAAGUCGACCGUGUACUUGAUAUGUUCUCAGCAGGGGACCAGCGGCUCUAUAACAGCUACAACCAAGGGAGAGUACUGAUGUCAACUUCUGCGUUCUCCACUGGAAACUUCUCUUUAGUGAUAAAGGAUGUUAGAAUAAAUGAUAGAGGGAUUUACUCCUGCAAUCUUCACCACCAUUAUUGUCACCUUUACGAAACAGUCAAAAUACAACUUAAUAUCACCAGAUCAGCAAAAAAGGUGAGGAAGCUGUGGGAUGGAGAGAAGACUGUGAUUGUGGCCUUAGUUGGUUCAACUGUAGUCCUGUCUUGUGAAAAUCACAACCACAUUUGGACGGAAAGACAUAGCGAAGAGGAGCAACAGGUGGUCCAUUGGGAUAGAUCACCUCCUGGUGUUUGGCAUGACCAGGCUGACCGUCUGAUUGACCUCUAUGCUUCUGGGGAACAGCGAUCUUAUGGUCCUCAGUUUAUCAGGAAACGGAUGAAUAUAUCAGACACCGCAUUUGCUGAUGGUGACUUUUCACUGACAAUCUCUAACCUUAGCUUGGGCGAUGAAGGAAUCUAUUCAUGUGAUUUGCACCACCAUUAUUGUGGAAUUCAUGAGAGACGCAUCUUCAAUCUCUUCAUUACAGAUCCAGUCAAAGUGAACUUUACACAAAAAACAUCAGCUACGUCAGUUGAAGUCCCAAAAGUCGUCAAUGUUUUUAUUCCAGAGCAUUCUUCACAUUUCCUUCAUCAGUUUGGAUACAUCCUGGCAAUGCUACUGUUAUUGGCUAUUCUGAUAACCAUCAUUGCCCUGAUUACCCAUCGACAAAGAAAAAGAGGUCUCCAUUACAAUGUGAAGACAUCUCAACCAAGAACAGAUGUUACUCUCAACGAUUUUGUGAUUGACACAACCGACCUGAGACUGAAUAAAAAUGACAGAAUGAAACCAGACUACAAGAACAACAUACUAAAGGAAAAGGCUGCAAUGUCCCAACAGAAAGUGGAACUGCUCAGGGAUAUCCCCCCAAAGAACUUAGAUAGAGAUUUUGAGAAGCAAUAUUGGAAAUAAGAAGAAUGUUGCUGCUGGCUGGAUCCAGAAGCUGAUCAGUGAAGGGUCUAUAUGAGAAAAUCAGUUGCCUUUUAUUAAUAUCUUUCAAUAAUACAGCGCUUAAUAAACGUAUACAUAUCAGUGGUAUUGUCACAAACAUAUCUCAGAUUGAUGCAGCAAAUUUUGCAGAACUACAACCUCAGACUGCCUUAUUGGGAACCUUCAUUUAUCUGACAUGUCUGUCAUUCCUUGAUGAGGGGACAAGCACCAGUAGCAAUAUGCAUAAGCAUCAUUAGUCAGAGCGGAUCAGUGAAUUUCAUGGCUGGCUGUAGAUGAUCACAUGAUGUUAGCUGCAGAGUGGGUGGAGAUUCUAGGAAUGCAAGAAUGCAAGGGUAAAUGCCACUCCUUUAAAAGUAAUUGGCUAUGGUGUUACUCAAAGGAAUGACCAUCAAAAUUCAAUGAAACAUAACUUGUAAAACAAGGCUCCACAAAAACUUCCAGUUACUUUCCAGCCAAGACCAACAGGAAAACUGAGCAAUUUGACAGCUUGAAACUAACAUCAUUGUGGAUCACCUGUCUGCAACUGCAAUUCAUCAGCUUUGCUUACCAUCUCCAAUUUCACAAUGUCUCUCCUUCCAGCUCCAAUCUGAGUUGUCUCCUUUUCUUCAAUAUGUCUAUCUUCAGUUCCUCAGUUUCUGUCCUUCCACCUCCAGUUCACCACUGUUAUUCCUCCAAUUCCUGUAUGUCGUCCCAUCUAAACUCUAGACUCACAGUUUAUCUAUCCCUCCAUCUCCAACCCCUUAGCCCAUAUCCCUCAAUCUGCAAUCCUCAGUUUUUUUUGUCUUGCUGUCCCUAUUUCCACAAAUACAACUUCCUGUGUCUCUAAUCCUUCGAUCCUCUAGCUAUCCUAUGUAGCACUUUAUAUCUUCAGUCCUAUAUGGUUAAUCUUCCAGUUUGUCUAUCAUUGUGUUCCUUCUGCUAUUCCCAACUCCUCUUGACCAGCAGUUUAUCUUUAUAAAGGUGAAUUGUGUCUUAGGAAUUAGAAUUCAAUGAACAAGUCUAGGAAGUGAAGAUUUCCAUGGAUAUUCUGUGAAUAAUUUAUAAUACAUGCUGCAUGAAACAACUACUUCCCCAAAGUAAUUCAAAACUGCAACAAUUUUGAUAAUCAACGCACAGAGAACAGCAAUUAUUCUAAACAGUGAUGUUAUACAAGCUUUUCAAGUAUGUGACAAUUGUUCAAUCUAUUUGUCUUUUUUAAUAAAACGCUGCAAUUUCACAAGUCAUAUCCCAUCUCUCUGGCACCUACUCAGUCCAUAGAGUUACUGAGACAGUAUCCAGGUGUUUUUGCCUGCACUACAUUUUCUCACUUGAUUUUCUUUGCACAUGAUUGUGUCAUCAUAUAGAUCAUUUAUGCUGGCCUGUGAUCAGUAGGAUUUAGCCUUGAAUAACUUUCACUGACCUAGCUUCAUUAGAGUUCAGCACUGAUGCCAGGGAUAAGCCUGAGAUAACUGCUGCUGGCCUGGGAAUAACAUGACAGGUCAGUAACCAGCAGCAAGCCCUAUACCUAUACAUAAUGUGUUGUUUCAACUGCGACAUAAAUAAUAAUGGUGAUAAUGUGGCAGACUGGAUGGGUUUUCCCAAUCCAAGUAUAACCACAAAAUCAAUUCCAAUUUUAUUGCAAAAAUAUUAAUCAGCUGGCCUUUUAUUUAGUUGAACUCUCUAGUCAGGCCAGCAUCAAGAAUAAGACAAGUUAGAGAGAGGUUCUGUAAAAUGAAAAAUAAUUUAGUUGACACCAAGUUGGCCAUUUUUUUAUAGACUGAGGAUUGUAGAAGGAAGCAGGAAAGAUGAAGAAAGAAUUUCACAGUUUGAGGGCUAAGGGAAUAAUGAGUUUGAGUAGGAAAUAGAAUGAUAGAAUUUGAUUUUAACAUAGUGUGAGCUAUAGGAGGGAAAUAGGAAGUGUAACUAGCUCUCCAUCGAUCCAUGUUUUGUCCAUCACUGUUUAAACUAUUUGUUCUAUCUAAUGAUAUUUAGUACUAGAAUUAUCCCAAAUGCACACAAUCAGGAAAUCAACAAAAUUUCAGUGUUGCUACUGGUGCCAUCCCCUCCCUGACUAUAUUGACUGCAGGUAUUUUUGCAGGCUAGGUACAUGUGAAAGUGUUGACCAAGGAGAUCUAUAGUGAGUUGGCAGCACAAAGGCCUCUGAUACUUGAACCAAACAAAGUCCACUCAUUUUGUUGUGGAAGUUCUAUUUGUGCUAACUUGCUGGAUAAUCUAAUUCCAUUAUGAUAUUAUCUUCAGUCUCUGACCUGCAGGUGCACCCAGCAAGUUUCAUAAUUUUAAUAAAAAAUAUUGUUAUCAUUGUGUAAACUUUAGUUAUUGGAAAUAAUGUUAAAGCUUAAUUUGUCAGAGUAUAAUAAACUUUCUUCUCUGAGCCAAGAAGGAUAGACUUGCAAACCACAAUCUUCAGUAACAACAUAUCCCUUUCAAAUCUGCAUGUGUUUGUCAUUAUGUUGAAAUACCAAUUCAAAAUCAGACAAAAAGACAGAAUUUAGGAAGAAUGAAGAGUGGAAGUGGAGCAGGUAAAAGCAAAAUUCCAGAAUGCAAGCUGAGGUUAUAGUGCAAGGAUAAGCACAAGUUUAAAACAUGUAAUUUAAGUAUGAUAGGGAGUAAAUAUUUGGCUUUGAAUCGAAUCAAGUCAGUGCAGCUGCUGGAAUUGGACUGUUUUUAGGAGGAUAAGACUACCAUAAUACGGGAGUGGCCAUAAUACAGAAAGUAUAGGCUUUGGGAUUAACCCAAUGCAGGAGUUGGGGAAGUGAGUUGGGAUUGAGAUUAGCCUUUGCAAUGUUAGGAUUGAUCCACUGCAAGAAUCAUUAUUGACUCAAGGGUAAAAGUAGAACAGGGGUUGAGGCAAAAGCAAGAAUUUGUAUUUGCAUAGCAUCUUUCAACUUAGGAAGACAUUGAAAUGCUUAACAGGACUGAUGUAAAAUAAAAUUUCUGACCAAGGCACACAAGGAGAUAUUAAGGUGACCAAAAGCUUGGUGGUUACCCAAAGGUAGAUUUUGAACAGUACGUUAAAUGAAGGACAGAGAAGUUUCAGGAUGGCACUGACAGGCUUAGGACCUAGGAAACUAGGCCAGUGGUGGAAUGAUUAAAAUCCUGAUUGCACAAUGGCCAGAAUUGGAGGAAUACAGAUCUGAAGUCUGUAGGGCUGGAGGUGGUUACAGAAAGGGCAUUACUAUGGAAAAACUUGAAAAUAAGUAUACAAAUUUUAAAAUUGAGGUAUUGCUGCAAUAAGGUAAGAAUUUGGAUACAGCAGAACAUUUUUGGAUGAACUGAAUUUGAAAAGGGAAUACAGUGGGUAAAUGGCCAGGAGUGCAUUAGGAUAGUUGAAUCUGGAAGUCACUAAGGUAUGCUUGAGGUUACAUCAGUAGACCGGCUGGAUCAGAGGUGUAGACAGGUGCUGUUACAGUGGUUAGUGAAAGCAGUGCAGAAAUCAUUAGAGCAAUGCACAGUUUGGGGUUGAGUGAGCAUGGGACCGAUGUUUAUAUUGGCAUAUAUCAAAUGAAAGUUGAACCUUCAUUUACCAAUGUGAAAAUUCACUGAAAACAUUAAAACAUAAUGACAUCUUCAUGUUGCAAAUAUGGGAAUGAACAGAAAAGUGAACUUUUAUUUCUAAAAUUACAGUUCUAGUGUCCAGUUUAUCAGUUUACAAAAUUCUGAAUGUAUUGCUCAAACAUGGCCUGGGAGGGGGGGAGCAAAAAACUCAUAAAAUCUUCAAGCAUGAGACAGGUCAUUUUCUGAACAUUCUAACCACCCCAGUAGUGUAGGGGAGACAGGUGUUAAAACAUCAGAUUGGAAAACUAACCAUUUCCUUUUAAAUUGCAUAUAUUGGGACACGGACAACGCUUUCAGAUGUGGCAAAUGGCACUGUAAUAGUUACCCAAAGUCAUGGUCUGAUAACUUUGAUAGCACCUACACUUUUCAUUAUUAGCAAAGAGGAAGCAUAAUCUGUGGGAUUCUGCUAGUUGAUUCAAGUGGAGUUGUGGACAUUCCAAAGUAACCAACCCUUUUAGCAUUCCUUGUGUAAUAGCCUGGACCCUCAAAGGUGCUUUCUCCCUCCUUAAACCCCACUUGGAAGCCACAAACCCGCAUCACACCUCAUCUUGAUAAACAGCUUGUCCACUGCCCUCUUAACCACCAACCUCUCCCUCACUUAAUAUUUGGGUCAAAAUUCUACACAGUAAAAAGUAGAAUUAUUAAAAGUGUAAUGCACAUAUGAGACCUGCAGAGAGGAGGGGAACAGACUAAGGUUGAUGUAAUGAUUUCCCACAAAGGCUUAAAAACUCAAAAGUGUUUUUUUUAAAGCAGCGAAAGACGGAUAAGUCAGAAUAAUGCAGUUUGCAGUAGUCCUGUGUUCCUAGUCUUUAGAAGAUUGAGUCUGUUGCUUGGUUGUUGACCCUUUUCUAUUACUUAAUUCAAAAUUACAUUAAUUUUUGGCACAUCAGGAAAUUAUUUUAUAAAUAUAUAUAUAGGUGUCUGACAUGUGUUGCUGUUUCUGUUUUCAAUACUUUACCUCUUUUGCAUUAAAGCAUUAGAUCUGCUUUGUUGUCUAACCAGUGCAGCGAUCAGUGUGACACAAGCUAUGGUGUGUAAACACACAUCACUGCAAUAGGACUUGCAUUCUUAUGUAACAGUCCCAUGCAAAUGAUUCCCUUUAAGACUGUGUAGUAUGAAUUUAAAAAUGUUGAUGAUUAGUGCCUGCUCACUAGCCAAUCAAAUCACAUUAUUAUUCUUACAUGCUUAUCUUAAGUGUAUUAUAGGGUAUACAGUCUCUGUGUAUACUAGCUUGAUACAGUUCUACAGUACUCUGUUAAAUGAGCAAAUGUUCAUGAAUUCAAAUAAAGACAACAUGCCUCGC